CAUAUAAAAAGCACAUAUGUAUGUUUGUAUAUAUGUGUGUAUAUAUGUAACGCAUUUUUCGGUUGAAAACUGGAUGGUCGCUGAGCGAAAGGCAAAGGCUGUGCGCACCAUUCGCCAAUGAUUAUUCGCUGGCAUUAGACGACGCGCAUAUUCCAACAGCUGGAACGGAACGAAACGAACAGUUAGCCAGGCAGUUAGCCAGCCCAACUGGCAAUUGUUUUGUGGGGUCAGUCAAUAAAAUCAUUCCCAACAAGGCAAAACGGUAAAAGUUCAGCGGAAAGAUUUUCAAAAAUAUAACAAAUUUAUAUAAAUAUAUAAUAUAAAACAAAGAAGUGUCAUAAAAAAAUAUAAAAAGAAAACUUUAGCUGCGUUUAUGCGAAAAUCCCUAAUCGUGAUAAAUAGUUAAAUUAUGAAUUAUGAGAAAAUUAAAUAUAUUUAUGUAAUUUACGGGACUGUUACGAAAAUGAAACAAAUGAAAGCUGGAAUGCUGUUUAACUACGAAAAGCAUUUUUAUCACGAUUAAGGAAUUUCACCUAAAUGUAUAAAUUCAUUAAAAACUAACAAUAAAUUAUAAUAACUGUAAGUAUAAUUGUGUUAUACCAAGUAUAUAACAGUGUAUUAUCAAGAAUUUGUAAUGCAAUUUUAGCUAAGCUGAAUGUUAUACAGCAGUAGAGCAGAGGAAAAACAAUUGAAGGCUAGGCUUAUAUAUUUAGUUAUACAUGUGAGUAUAACAGUUUAGAUUUCUUCAAACUAAUUUUCAGCUAUACUCGACUCAAUUCGAGUGUGAAAUAAGCUGAAGGUUAAGCUCAGACAUCUUCUGUUAAUCAAUGCUAUGAUAAUUCAUUUGGCAUUUCCCUUUUUAUACAACAAAAUUUCCCAUUAUCAAAUGAACACAAUAUUGAAACUUGUACUUGGAAUUUGAACCGAAAAUGAGCUUCCCAACAGCCCGUCUAAUUAAUCACUUGUGCACAUUUCAAGGUUUUCCAGUUGUUAACUAUAUAGUAGUAGUAUACAUCUAUACAGAUAUGUACAUAUGUAUGUAAAUAUUAUAUAUAUUUACCUAUACUACAGUCAAGCUAUAAAUUAGAAUUUUAAAGUUCAACAGCGCAAAGCUGCGGCUUCAUUGUAAACCCAGUCCCAAACUUCCCCAACUACAAAUUACAAGCACACAUUUUACUAUAUAUAUGUAUGUAUGUAUACAUACAUAUAUACAUAUAUAUAUUAACACACACAUUCGAGCAGAACUAGAGAAGCUCAAUUAAAACGAACGGACGUGCACGAAAACAUGUUUUCAGUUGCUGCUUUUUAUCAAAGUGCCCUCUCUUAUUACACCUUGUCAGCUAUAUAAAGGGGGUAUGAGUCUUAUGUGAAAAACUAGUUAAAUGGUAGAAACAAGUACUAGAGCUUACCUAGCUAAUAAGCUUUUAAUUAGAGUCCAUUAAAAAAAAUAACAUAUGUGUAUAUAUUUGAAAGGUUACACUCCAUAAAACUAAUGGCAAAAGGGCAUAGCUAAAAAGUUUUUGAAUCACCAAUAAACCCUAUUACAGGGUAGCACGUAGUCGGCUACACAAGCCAUACACUUCAGCUGGCUGAUUCCAGAUAUGACAGUUAUCAUUGGGGGAAAACUCACUGGGCAGCUGUAUACUACUACUACUACAUAUAUACGUAUGUAUAUACGUACAUUAAUGCAUGCGUACAUAUGCAUAUGUACAUAUCACAUCGGAUGAAUACCAUUAGCUUAUGCACUGACAGCUGAUGUGACCACUCGAGUUGACAAGUAAAAAGGUUUUACAAACGAAAAAAACAAAACUUUCUAAAAAGACCAGCUGUUUUAUACGAUUUUAUAGUUAGAAACAGGAAAUAUUAGAAUAUAUUACAUAUGUAUAUGUGUGUACAUACAUACAUACAUAUGUAGGUCAAGUAGAGUCAGAGAUAAACAAAAGCCUGACAUAAUUUUUGUCACUAAGAGAGCCACAGAGAGAGAGAGGAAGACGGGGUGGAAAGGACGCAAUUAGGCGCAUAGCUAUCUAUGGCGUGCAUAUAAUUCACAUAAUUGCUAAAGCUACAACUUUUAUAGCCAAACUUACCAUAAUAAAUCAAUUGCUUUUUAUUCCUCAAAAAUUCCCAUUCGAAUGAAUGCCUUAAGUCCUAACUGCAUUUCAUACGCUGUAUUUGCGUAGAGAGCUUUCAAACGGUGCAUUACAAAAAUUAACACGCACAUCAUAAACGGUUGUUAGAUAAGAGCGAAUGAAAGGGGCGUGGAGGAGCAAUUGGAGAGAGGAGGCGAGGGCAACGCAGCACUAAGUGUAGAGUUGUAAGUGAAAAAAAUAUAGCUGUGGAUACGAACAAAUUCGAGAUCGUGCUUGCAACGCAUUAACUUUUAACCGAAAAAAAAACACGCACAAUCGCACACACAUCUAUAUUCACAGAUUUCUUUGUCUUUGCAUUUGGUCAGCUUGUGGUUAUAUGUAAACUAAAUGGAAUCACAUGCAAUACACGUUUCGCUCGUAAAGGCGGCAAAAGACUAAAAGAAUGAACGAAUGCCAAAAAAGGGAAGGGGGAGAGAGAAGCAGAAAAACGCAUGCAGAGCUAUAAAGCAUGCACAUAGGCGUCGUAGAAAGGGCAGGGGUGGAGCAAAGGAGAGUUAAGUAGGGGUCAGCUUUCUUAUUUUAACGAGCGUGCGUGGCUUUUAAUUUUUGAACAUAAAACGUAAAACGCAAUAAAAAUCAAGAGAAACAACAACAACAACAUGAAUAAUAAUAUUAAUAAUAAUGGCAGCUGUGGCGUCAUCGCCAAAAAUUUUAUGUUGCGUCUCUUGGAACUGGUUUGAUUUGAUUUCGCUUUAGCUUUGAUGUCGUCAUCACUCAACAAAACGCAGGGAAGAAGAAGAACAAUGAAAUUAGUCAUUUGAUGCAAUUUCCGCCCACUUGAUGUUAGCAGCAGUAGCAGCUGCUAUUGCAGCUGCUGACAAGUGCAACCAACAACACCAAGAGCAACGUAGGCGAAGUUAAUAAGCAGCAGAGAGGGGUGGCCAUGCAGUGAGAAAGAGAACGAGAAGACCAAAGCAGGUUGUAGAAGAAAUAAAAAGAAAAACGCGCGCGCAUUUGCACCAAUAACCCAGUUUCUGUUUCUAGUUUGCACUUAGCGGGCAUACAAAAGCUCUGCUUCUGUGUGAGUGUGUGUGUAUGUGAAUAACAUGUGCAAUGUGGUAGGCACAAGAACUCAACACGAAACUAAGAAGAAGCAGAGAGAAUAGCAAUGCAGCGAAAAAGCAAAGCUGUUAUUGCUGCCUUUCGUUGAGUUGGCUGUUGUAAAUAACAAGUUUUCUAGUAGUUGUGCAAAGUGAUGACACACUUUUUACAAACACACACACAAACGCUGAUUGGCAACUAUAUAUAUAUACAUGUAUGUACGUGUUCAAAUAUAUGUAUAUACAUACAUACAUAUGUAUGUAAGUGCGCUGAGUGCUUCCUGCGGUCAGCCAUUAAACUAAUCAGAGCCACUCGCUGGCACACUUUCUACCACACACAGCUGCACGUUUUCUAAUUAGAUUUGGUUUUCAUCAAGUUGUUUUUUUUUUUUUUUGCAUACGCCCACUCUGCGUUUUAUCUUUGCAAUUUAUCUAAGCAUAAAAAGUCUGCAUAUACUUCUUUUCUUUUUCAUUUCAUGACUCUCUACUUUGAUACAAAUCUUUUCAUUGCGUUUCAAUGGAAAACGUCAAAGACGGAAAAUUUUUGUUAACUAAGUGGCGCGUCAAAACUACAAAGCUACAAAGCCGUAGCAGCAGCAACACAAAAAACAUAAAAAAAAGAGCAACAGCAACAACCACAAAUUGAAUGUGUGUCAACGACAAAACUACACCAAUACACACGCACACAUACAGCAUACAUACACAUUCUCUCUUAUGUACGAUUGUAAAGAGCUUUCACGAAGCUUGAAGCGCUGCUCUCCCAUAUCCACAUAUAUAUGUAAACAUGUAUAUAUGUAUUACCAUACUCAGACACAGUGUAAUACAUACAUAGCUUAUAUUUACUGUACUUACGCGCGGGCUUAUAUAAAACUGGUUUGUCGCCGUGUUGCUGUCGCUGGCGUCGCCGUCGAUUCAUUCGUGCGUUGAACGUUGGACCGUGCGGUUCGUAGUACGCUUGCAGCGCCUUAACCAAAAAAUAUAAAACCAAGUGUAAAAGAAUAAAACCAAAAAGGAGAGCACUAACACAACAGAACAAAAAAAAAAAAAAAAAAAAAACUACUCAAAAGAAUCUGUUGUUGCUAACGUCAAAAAUAGUCGAAUAGUGGCGCGGCGGUUGGUGGUGGCUUUGUUGGUGGUGGUUUUUUUUCUAAGGAACUUUGCCUCAACAGACUUUCAUGUACAUGUGUAUGCAUAUGUGUGUGUGUAUGUACGAUUUACACCAUGUGUAUCAUGUGAGCAAUAAGAACUGAAAAGAAAAAAGAAUGAAAAAAUAAAACGUGUUCAUAAAAUUUAAACUUUGUCAAAAAAAAAAAAAAAAAAAAAAAAAAACAACCGCGCAUUACGUAAACUCGCGCGCAUUUUCUAGAAAAAGAUAAUAAAAUAAAUAUCAGACGUAGAAAAAUGGAAGAGAAAAGAGAGGUGCCGAAAAAACUGCAGCAAAAAGAACCAGGAACUUGAAUGACACAUUUUUGAAUCGACUCGAUGACAAUUACGCAACUUGCAAAUGGCGCAGAGUAAAGGGGAGAAAAAACAGCAAAACGGGGAUUGCCAUCUCGCUCUAGUGCCAGCAGCGUUUGCUCGUUGAUUAAACACAUUUCGACAUGGUUUGAAUGGCCUUUGCAUGUGCUUUUUAUUAUCGGAUGACGGCAAGUCUAAAAAAUAUGUACAUGUGUGAGUGUCUCUCUGUGUGCGUGUGUGUAUAUAUUUGUGUAUGUAUGUACUUGAUUACAUAUUUCUUCACCUAAAUUCGAAAGAGAAAAAGCUCCGGGCAACGUCAUAAUUUAUAAAACCACACAUACAUACACUUAACCACACAAACAUAACACACCACACACAUCUAUACGCGAAUUCUAACGAAGCGCUUUCGGUUCGUUAAGUUGGCUUUUCGUCGAGUUUCGCUCGUGUGCGCGCCGCUGAUUUCGGCAGUUGCUUUGUGUUCGCUCGCGCCAUUUGCAGCUGCACAGCGAACAAAGUUGGCCGCGUUUUUGGUAUCGGCUUCCAACAGCGCCUAGCUACACAAGGGGCGAGCGUUACAAAAAUCUAAUGGAAUUUUUUUUUUUGUAUUCCACUCGCCUAACGUUGCUCUCUUUCUCGAUGAUUCGUGUAUAUUUGGUUUACAAGUUUCCCAUACAAUUACCUCUGCCUGCUUCUUCUAUAGUUGGGAAGCUGUGAGCGGUUUAUUAUUUGUAUUUAUAUAUGUAUUUUUUUUAUAUCAACAACGUACUGCAACCUAUGUGGGAGCGAGACGGGGACUCACUGUGAUUUUUAUAUAGUCAGUCUUUUUCUCUCUCCUAUACAAAUUGCGGGCGUAUCAACAUGUUAAAUCUCGAAACUUGGAAUUGUGUUAAAAAGUUAAUUAAGAAAAAGUGUGAUACUAGUAAUUAAAAAAACUAUCUUAAGUUGGAAUAUGUUUGUAAACUUUUUUUGUCGCUCACUCCAAAUUAAUAUAAUAAUAAAAAAUAAAUGCUAUUGAAAUAUUUUCUUUUAUUACACACACGCAUUUUAUCAUUCCACCAAAAAGCACACGUACACACACAGGCGCUCAGCCAAACGCAUGCAUCUUUCUAGCUCUGUCGCACACAUACACUUUUAUCAAAUGUGUGUACGCUUUUUCCACGAACAAGAAAGCGAGAGAGGCAAGCGCUGAAACCGUUACGACGCGACGGCUAUGAACAGAACAAACGGUCGCAGUCUGUUUCUGCUGUUGCUGCUUGGUGUUGUAUUUUCUUGUUGCUAAGUCUGCCAAUGAAACACACAUACGCGCACGCAUAUGUUUCUGUAUGUGUGUUUGUGUGUGUGACGCAUAAAAACUGUACAAUGGGCAGAAAUAGGAAAUAAUAAUUUUUUCCUAGUUUCAAAGAGAGCAACAAAUAGUAGGCAGUAGACUAUGUGUGUGUGAGCAAGAGUGUAAGAGAGGAGGGUGAGCGUGUGUGCAGCUAUGUCUGUAUGAGUAUUUUAUCGUUGACGAAAGUUGAUUAAGAAAUCAAUUGGAGAAAGCUUUUUUUUUAUGUCUUUGAGGGAAGUUGAUUUUAACACCUGGCACAUUGUCCAAUUAGCCAAAUGCUGCUAAAACCAAUUCGAAUUAGAAAUGGAAACACAAUCUUGGCGAUCUUUCAAUUUAAAAUAAACAAGUUUUACAACACACACACACACACGCUCGCAGCCAAGGGCUCGUGGACAGGUGCGAUGUGCAAACAGGGAAAAAUUUUGUGUCUGUUUUCUCAUUGAUCAUGUGGCCGCUAUAAUAAGGAAUAUAAUAUAUAUACUUAUAUAUAUUAAUCGUCUAUUCCCAGCAAUUGUUCAAAUGACUAAGAAACUGCAUUUGAAUAGCUUUUCAUUGUUGUUGGUGGUGAUGCAAUUUUCCUGUUUGCGAAUUAUUUAUAAAUUAUAUAAAAGUGCUUUGUUUAGAUUUUGCUUUGUGCUUUUACCUGUCAGUAAGUCAAAAGGGGACACGGCCUGAUCAUUAAAUAAAGUAUUCAAAUGGAACCGAUUUGCACGAUAUGCUGUGGGAGAGAUAGAGGGGGAAUAUGUGAGAGAGAGAGAGAGAGAGAGAUGUAGACUAUGUAAAAAAGUUGUGGGCUAUUCAGAUUAGCAUGAUGCCUUGUCUAGCGGUUCAUUAAAAAUUUAAUAAACCUAAGUAGAAGAUACGUAUAUGACAAACGUCUCAAAGCAGUGUUGUAAAAUAAGAAAAUUUGAUUCAAAGGGUUAAAAGAAUCAGGCGACAUGUAAAACUAAGUAGGAAUGAUUCCCCAUAUCAAUCGGUUAGGUGUAUAACAAAUAUGUCAAUCUUCAGCAACAGUGUUCUGAAACUUUAACAGUGUAAACAAAAAAUGCAAACUGCAUUCUGUUAGUGUUGUUAAAUUGUAUAGAAAUAGGAAUCUCUGGAUAGAGAAACCUAUUGAUUUGACUUCUGGGAAGCGCAUAUGCUAUUGUAAAACGUAAACUGAAUCGAAUCUUUCCAGCUAUAUUUCAUCGCAUGCCCCUCUAUCCUCUCGCCUAUCUCUAUUCCACCUGGAGCGGACAGGUAACGGUCUACGCUUUUAUAGCCACCGAUGGCUUCUUCUUUAGCUUCACACUCUACAUGACGUUCCUUCUAAAAGCAUUACGAAUGGAUCUGCAGCGCAUUCUCCAAGCUGUUAAAAAGCCCACGCCUCUCGAGUGCGAAAUUUGUUGCGAACAAUUGCGAAUUAUCAUCGAUCGUCACAACGAUAUCGUUGGCAUUGUUCAACGUUUCUCUGUGAUUAUGGCUGCGCCAACUUUUGCACAAUUUCUAUCCGCCAGCUUGGUGAUAGCUACGAGUGUUAUCGAUAUACUAUUGUUUUCGGGUCUGAACAUCAUACGCUAUGUGGUCUAUGCUAGCACAGUUAGCGCCUGUUUGUUACUCUACUGCUAUGGAGGCACCGAGAUGUCUCUGGCUAGUAUGGAUCUGGGUGAAGCUGCCUACAAUAGCCACUGGUAUAUGUGGAAUCGUGAGGUGCGGCAGCGUAUCUUUCUGCUCAUCAUGCGUGCCCAGCGACCCAUCACAGUCCGGGUGCCCUUCUUUGUACCAUCUCUGCCCGUCUUUACAUCGGUCAUCAAGUUUACGGGCUCCAUUGUGGCGCUGGCCAAGACAAUACUUUAGUGGACACAAAGCAAUUGAAAUUUUUCGUGUUACAAAGGAAAAAUUGCCAAUGGGGUGUAGUUAUACAUAUAUAUUGAUGUCUAUGUAUAUACAUGCAUAUAUUGAUAUAUAUGUGUGGCUAUAUCUUACCCUCAAAGUAUGCAGCAGUCUCUCCUUAGCUGCUAGUACUUGUGUAAAACAUAUAGAAAAUAUAUACGAUAUGUGUGGAAAAGGUAUUGGGAAUUGUACGUUUUAAGUGAAUAAUACCACAGUCAUGAUCCUAUGAAAGAACAACAUUUGAUUGAUAUUAAAAUGUUGCAUAUAUAUAAUAUAUAAUAUCGUAUCGAAGGAUCAUCUGAACACGAUCACAAAUAAUGAAUUUUUGAAGAGGUUUAAGGAUUGGAAAAACACGAUAUGUGGAUUAUUUUGAGAAGGAUCAAUAUAGAUAUUCAUGAAUAAGUGAAUGGCAUUCUUACAUUAUUCUAUAUCCCCCAAUAUUGCAAGCCCUGUGAUAUCAUAUCACCUGGCCAAUUGUAACCUAGUCUCUCCUUUGAAGUUAAGUUCUUGUCAUACAAGCCAUGCUCAAGCUCUAUAGGAUAGAUUUGCUCAGUGAAAGGAAAUGAGUAGGUGUUCAUCUAAACAGACUGGGCAGCUGGUUUGAUUAAAGUCCCAGCAGGUGGGCGAGUUCGUAAUUUGCAUUUGUCCAGCUCAUAUCAAGGGAAAUUUGCAUAUGGUUAUUCGACGACAACAACAACAACAACAACAACGACAGCAGCGACAGCAACUGCAGGUGACGUCAAAAGGCGUCACUAACGAGGACAAAGCUGAGCGCUCCAUGUGAGCAGCUUGAUUAAAAGCAAAAAGUCAAAGGCUGCUCAUAUAACAACAAAAUCAAUGGGACGGCAUUUUAUUCAAUAGCCAUACGGAGCGUAUACGUAACGUGCUGUACAAUGGGUAACCAAAGCAACUGAAUGCUGCACCGAUCUAACAGAGAGUGAGAGAGAGAGAGAGAGGGAGAGAGAGUGAGGGUCCCAGCUCUUUGAACACGUGCAUCAGCUUUAAGUUCAGAUAAUUCCUUGACCAUAAAUUAAAUGUGAUUUUAAACAAUUUUGAUUACUUGAAUAUGUAGCUGCUGAUUAGAUUUACGUGU